GUAGGCAAAGUAAAAUUUGCACUGAAGGUUCUUCUGGAUCUCAAGGAAGGAUUGUGAGGAGAAGGAGAAAGGGAAGGGAAGGAUGAGUGAAGACGCAGCCACCAGUGACAAGGGAGAUAGUCUUGAAGCUCUAAUGAAUGAGAAUGUCCUGAGCCGAGUGGCCAGCCUCCCUUUGGUCAGUGCUCUGUACAACCUCUGUGCCUCCUGGUAUAGCCAUGCCAAAGAAACCCAUCCAUAUUUCAGCAAGGCUGCCAACGUGGUGGAGACAGUUACUGCCGUGGCAGUAGGGAUCGUCGUAGGGGGCACACAGCCGAUUCUCAACCAUGUCGUGCCCCGCAUUUCAGCAGUGAACAAUUUUGUGAACCAGGGGCUUGACAGAAUAGAGGAGACUCUACCCUGCCUCCACCAGCAACCCACCCAGCUGUAUGAAGAUAGCUGCAACUUAACGAAAUCAGUGGUUUCUUCCACGGUCAACACAGCCAAAGAUGCUGCUUUUGGAGCCAAAGAUAUCGUAACACACAGAGUGGCAGAAGCUGUAGACAUCACCAAGGACAUUGUGCGUGACAGUGUCGGCCUGACCAAGUCAGUGGCGUCUUCCACAAUGAACUCUGCCAGGGAGGCUGCAUUUGGGGCAACGGAUCUGAUGUCCCAUAGAGUGGCUGAUGUUGUCAACUUAACCAAAGGGACUGUUCAUGACACCCUCGGCUUGACCAAGUCAGUGGCGUCUUCCACAAUGAACACUGCCAGGGAGGCUGCAUUUGGGGCCACGGAUCUUGUGACCAGUCGAAUGGGCGACAUUGUCAACUUGACCAAAGGGACCGUUCAGGACAGUGUUGACUUGACUAAGUCAGUGAUGAAUUCCACAGUUAACACCACCAAAGACGCCACAUUUGGGGCCACAGAUCUCGUGACCCACAGAGUGGCCGACAUCGUCAACUUGACCAAAGGGACCGUUCAGGACAGUGUUGACUUGACCAAGUCAGUGAUGAAUUCCACAGUCAACACUGCCAAAGAUGCUGCAUUUGGGGCCACAGAUCUCGUGACUCACAGAGUGACGGACAUCGUCAACUUGACCAAAGGAACCGUUCAGGACAGUGUUGGCUUAACCAAGUUGGUGGUGGCUUCCACAGUGAAUACUGCUAAGGAUGUUGCAUUUGGUGCCAAAGAUAUUGUGACCAGUCGAAUGGGUGACAUCAUCAACUUGACCAAAGGGACCGUUCAGGACAGCGUUGACUUGACCAAGUCAGUGGUGUCC